AUGUCUACCAGAGAUUCCACCUAUUCGUAUGUCCAUAUAGAUGACCCCAAUCAGGUGAUAUACAUGGAGAAGUGGCAGGAUGACCCGAUUCCAUUUGACGAUAUUGAUACACAGCAGUUGCUAGAAGCUACAGCCAAUUUGUUCCCUCAGCUUUUGUUAGAGGAAGAGGAAGAUGGGGCCAUACCGAUUCAGCCUGCCACAUAUGGAGCAAAGGCAUACAAGAAUCGACAAUUGUUGAAGGAUAAGAUCUGGAAUGACUUUGGCAUUUUUGAGAAGUUUCUCAACGAAUCGAGUUCACUUAACAAACAGGUUGAUAAGACUAUACUAGGAUCGAUGUACACGAAAAGUAAUGAGCAUUUUGAUGGAGAUAUAGCCGAUGGAGGCGAGGAUAUCGUCAAAAGAGAAAACGGCUUCACAGUAGCAGAUUAUCUUUCUAAUGGGUUCACAAUGAACGACAACACAAUGGAUAUAUUAUCACCGACUGAUAUGGCUAAUGAUAGCAUAAUGGGGGUUCACCAUGGAGAUAUCUCAUUGAACUCGACAUCAGAUCUUCCAGGAGGAGCCAACAAUACGUUUUUCAAUGCCAGAUCCAACUCAAUAGGGUAUGGCAAUCAAGCAGGAGUUGCGGCUGUGCAGACCCCACGAGUAGGAAGAACCAGACAAACAUCUACCGAUAAAAGUUUCCAAACACCCAUUACAAGAAUAAUGAGGUAA